AUGAUCGUGAACACGAAAGUAAUCGAGAUUGAGUUGGAUCAAUAUUCUCUUACCCUUAGUCCUAAGACAUUAAUUUGCAGAGUGGCUGAAUACUGUUGCUAUGGCUAUUGCAUCGAUCUUCUAAGGCAUCUGGCAAACCGACCGUCAGGUCCUCAUGAGAAUGCGACUUCCUUCACAUAUGAGUUGCACCUGGUCGGUGAUGGACAGAUGGGCGAAGAGUUGGUCAGUGCGAUGAAUGAGACAAAGGUCUGGUCAGGUAUUGUUGGCGAAUUGACAACAGGAUUGGCAGACCUCUCUGUUGCUCCAAUGACUAUCACGCCUGAACGGGUCACUAUUUUAGAGUUCACGAAGCCUUUCAAGUAUCUUGGGAUGACAAUUCUAGUAAAGAGAGUGAGUUAA